CUCGGAAUUUUCCUCUUCUUGUGUUAAAAAAUGGUUAGACUGUAGUAGUGUAGUCCCACGCGCACCUAUAUAUAAUGUUAGAUAUAAUCGAGGAACUAUUGUGUUCUUCAUCAGUUGUCAGCACUGUGGCAAAGAUCCAAAAAUGAAAGUUUUCGUGGUGUUAUCCGUCCUGAUCGCCUUCACGGCUGCAGCCAGUCUGACACCAGCUGAGUUGGACCUAGUAGAGGCUUUCGACUACGAAGCUCUCUUCUCCAAUGAUGAGCAGAGGAAACUGGUGUUUGACUGCAUGCUGGGCAAGGGGGAUUGUGGUGAUUACCAAAAAAUGGCAGAAAUUUCACGAAAGGUUCUAGAGAGUAAAUGUGCGGACUGCAGUCCUUCACAGAAAGCCAAAUACGAGACUGUUUUGAAAACCAUUCAGACCAAAUACGAGCCUUUUUACAACGAACUCUUGAAGAACGUGGCAGCCAAAAAGGAAUAAGUUUUUAAAAUAACCUAUCUCAUAUUUUUAUUGGACGUUUUUAAGUGAAAUAUUUUAUGUAUCGACGUUAUCAUUUCAAAUAAAUCAUUUAAAAAAAUCAGUUCAGUGUUUUUCUUUAUGUGGAAGUAUAAUUGAAAUCACGUGUACACUACCACACAUUUUGCGCCUUCAAUAAAGACUUGAACAAUAUCAUCGCGAGUAACUUUGCUCUAUAACUUUAAUAGGCACUUAUUUUUAUAUUUUUUUGCAUGCAGUUCAAAUGCAUGAUGAAUAUUUGUUUCAUAAAAUAAUGUUUUUGAAUUAUAUAUUUACAUAUUAUAAGACUAAAUCAAUAGGUGA